AUGGGCGCAGAACCGGACUCGCAGGGCGAAUCGACGCUGGACGAAUCAGUCCACGUGAGCGACGCGUACGGCGACGACGAGGAGUCGCAGUACGCAUCGGUCAGCAAGGUGGGUCGUCCACGUCGCAUGGUGUCGCAAGACAGAGACCCGGCGCGCGAGACGCACUACGUGCUGGUGGUGCACGGCACGUUCGACUCGCCGCCCGGCCCGGGGAACCCGCCGCCGUGGUACUUCCUGGACGCGAAGCGCGCCGACAACUUCUGCCACCUCAUCGCCAAGGACCUCGCCGCCACGCCGCUCGGCUUCGACGCCGUCUGGCGCCAACUGCCCGGUGCGCGGGGGGGGGGAGGCUUAUGGGAGAGAUGCGGGGAGCGGGGGGGAAUGGAAGGAUGUGCGGGGUGGGGGCAGCUGGCGGGCGAGGUGUGGGGAGAUGGGCGCAGCGACGUUAGUGACUCGCACGCGGGCAUGCGGCUGCGCGAGGACGUGCCGUACCCCUUCCACUGGUCGGGACACAACACGCACGAAUCGCGCAUCGAUGGUAAGCGCGCCUGGGGAGGUGUGGGUGAGCGUGUCCGGGGUGGUGAGCGGAGUGAGCGCGCCCGGGGGGAAGGGGGAAUGAGCGCGCCCAGGGAAAUGGAGGGUGUGCGGCAAGGGGCGGAUAACGGGCAGUGCGCUGCACAGGGCGGCACGGUCAUGCUUGGUCCGGGCAAGGCGUUGGCGCAGCUGAUCCACGCGGUGGGGCGCGCGGACCCGUCGGCGCGCGUGCACGUGGUGGCGCACAGCCACGGGGGGAACGUGGCGCUCAAGGCCGUGUCCAAGUACAUCUCCAUGCUCCGCCGCGACUCCCGCGACCCUGCGCGCGCCGCCCACGACCAGAUCACGGCCGCCUUCUGGGAGGCGCACGCGGAGGGGUACCGGAGCAUUAAGGAGCACCAGGAGGUGAAAGUGAGCGCCGUCUGGAUGCUGGCCUUUGCGCCCUUCCUGGUGGUGAAGCGGCCAUGGCGGGGCGACGAGGCGCUGGGCGCCUUCCCCUACGCCUACUUCCAACGCGUUGACUCCCUGCUCGGCCUCCCCAAGUCAGUGCCGCCCCCCUGCUCCACACCCACCCCUGCUCCACACCCACCCCUGCUCCACACCCACCCCUGCUCCACACCCACCCCUGCUGCACACCCACCCCUGCUGCACACCCACCCCUGCUCCACACCCACCCCUGCUCCACACCCACCCCUGCUCCACACCCACCCCUGCUGCACACCCACCCCUGCUGCACACCCACCCCUGCUGCACACCCUCCUCACUGCCCUCUGCUCCCCUCUCUCCCACACAUUUCUCCUCCGCCCACCAACUCCACGCGAGCACCAUACUAAUCCCACAACCCUGUACCCCACCCCCUUUUUCUCCCCCUCCCCCAGGGGGCGGCAGGCCAAGUACCUGCGCAAGAAGUGGGCGGGGAGCAGCAGCAGCAACUGCCUGGGCCGCAUGGUGUUCCUGGGCACGCCCUUCUACACCAAGCACUGGGACCCGCAGGCCGCUCUCACCACACUAACCCCGCACCCUGUACCCCUUCCCUUCUCCCUCUCCCGCUCUCUCCCCGCCAGGGUGCGGCAGGCCAAGUACCUGCGCAAGAAGUGGGCGGGGAGCAGCAGCAGCAACUGCUUAGGCCGAAUGGUGUUCCUGGGCACGCCCUUCUACACCAAGCACUGGGACCCGCAAGCCGCACUCACCAUGGCGGGCACCAUCCUGGGGCUCUCCGUGCUCGUGUUUGUCGUCAUCGUGGGCGCUGUCGUGUCGGUCAAGUAUGCCAUCUUCCAUGAAGUCAACACCGCUGAACUCACCGGCGGCGAGCUGACGUUCUGGGUGACAGUAGCACUGGUAUCAGUGGCAGUGGUGGUGUACAACACGUUGAGCAGCAAGCGCUACAGCGAUGGCAACGUGUACUUCACGGAGAAGAAGGCGUGGAGCCCCGCCAUGAGCGCCCUCGUGCUCAACGCCGGCAAGCUUGACGAGGCCGCCCUCGCACUCUCCACGGAGCCGCUCGUUCGUGCAUACCUCAUGCCACAAGUCAAGACCAUGCUGACCCCCGACCCAUGGCGCAUGCUGCGACCGUUCCCCGCCAAGACAUGGCUUGUGUCCCUGGCGAACCUGUACAACAACUGCUGGGUGGCGCUGUGGACGCUGGUGCUGGCGGUGCCGUACGUGGUGCUGUGGCUGCUCAACUUCUUCCUCGUGCCCUACUUCUGCAACCAGCUGCUGCGCCUCUUCAUCACCCUCGGCUUCGGCCUGCAGAAGAACGAGUUGGACUGUGCGCAGGUGUACGUGGAGGAGUGGCUGCGCCUUCCCCCAGCAACGCACAGCAUAGCGCAUUGGAACGUGCAGAAGAUCCUCACAGCCGCCACGCUCGACCAGCUCAAGGACCUCCGCAAGCGAUCGGUGAUACCAGGCGAGGUGGCGGCAACGGAGGAGGCGUUGAUGGAGGCGCACACACAGCUCGUGGAUCCCCACGCCAUUGCUCAGCGCUGGCGCUUCCUCUGGGACGAUGUGGAGUUGGAGAGGAAGGCGGAGGAGUCAACCACGCUGGCGCUGCUCAAGAACCAGGUGGCCUUCAUGGCGCACAACCCCCGCAUCUCCAGAGUGGCGUUUGAGCGCGAGUUGAAGGUGGUGUGUGUGACCCUGGAGGAGAGGUACAAGGACAUGACGGGCAACGUGGAGCUGUCCCACGGCAGCUACUUCCGCAACCACGUGGUCAUCGCCGUCAUCGCACACUUCCUGGCGCACGGAGAGGUGCCCAGCUGGGCGCCACAGCUGGGCGAGAUGACCCCGCCCGCUCACAAGCCCGCCAAGAAGGGCCCCAUGUCGCGCCUCUUCAGCCGCCGCAUCACACCCACCCCUGACGACCUCGACACCACCCCCUCACAAUAA